AUGGCCGCCUUGGCAGUGCUUGAGCCGAGCUGGCGGGGUUUCCGCACCUUCGAAGCGCCACCGCCUGGCUGUGUAGGCUGGGGCCGCGAAGAAGCUGAAGAAGAGCGUCGGCCUUCUUUGCUGGACCUCCCAUCGCCAAGACAAGCGAAGGAGGCAAGAGAGGAUCCUGGGAACAACCUGGGGCCUCUGCAGAAUGCUGAGCACUUGCACGAAGCCGAAAAGGCUGAUCUGGAAGCCCUCGCCGAGCGCGAUCCGGCUCUCAAGGAGAUAUUGGAGCAGGAUGCAAUGGCUAUUGGCCGGGAUGCCGCAGCGGAUGCCGCUUUUGAGCUCUACAGGCAAAGCUUGAUAGCCCUGGAUGCCGGACAGAUGCUGACGCAAAAGGCCUUCAAAUGUGUGGCAAGAGACAAUGCCGAGGACUUGCGCCGCCUCUUUGAAACCACGAGCCUGCGCUGGGAUGCCGAGAACGCUGGCGGACAGACGUUGAUAGAAGUGGCUUUGGAGAGGCAGAAAGCCCGAGUGCAAGUAGUCAUCAAGGAGAUGCGCAGGAAGCAGGAAAACGAGGAGAGCAGGACGGCUGCCGGUGAUCAAGACCCGACUGAUUCCAGCUUGCCCAAAGCCACCGAUGCGAAGUCGGAGGAAGUGACAGAACCUGGUAGAGAUGCACAAGAGCCGACGCCGGCGGACUGA